UCAUAGAACAGAAGUUAUGUGCGUACUGAAGCGCACGCACGCGCCCGCUAUCGGCGGCUGGCACUGUGACCUCUGACCCCGCCCACAGGGCUCGCGCGGAGACUCUCGCAGACACCGAUCAGUCCUUCAGACUUUGUCCGAGUUUCUGGAAGCUUCAGCGGGGACCGCGGGAGCCUUCUGCCCCCUCGGGGUCCGCAAUAAGGACACGAGCUUACCGCCUCUCUGUCUCUUUAACGGAAACACGAAGCAGUUCGUGAGCCAAAACUUUUCAGUGACCUGCUGACAGAUUCCAGCUCAAACGUCGGUAAAACAUUUGGCCUGUCAUCAUGGCAACCAGUACCAAAUGGGGGGCGGUAAAGGACCAGGUGACCAGAGGCCCCGCCACAGUCACUGACGGCAAGGUGGAAGCCAAUCUGGAGAACGCUGACCCCGAGCUCUGCAUCCGACUGCUGCAGGUUCCCACAGUGGUGAACUACUCGGGUCUGCAGCGGUGGCUGGAGGCGAGUAAUCGGUCAUGGAUGGUGCAGUUCCUGGAACUACAGGGUUUGGACCUCCUGCUGGAGGCGCUGGAGCGUCUGUCGGGCCGCGGCUGCGCCCGCAUCAGUGAUGCUCUGCUGCAGCUCACCUGCGUCAGCUGCGUCCGGGCCAUCAUGAACUCGUCCACAGGGCUGCACUUCAUCCUGGACAACGAGGGCUACGUCAGGACGCUGGCUCAAGCUCUCGACACUUCCAAUGUCAUGGUGAAGAUGCAGCUGUUCCAGCUGCUGGCGGCUCUUGCCGUCUUCGACCCUCGGGGACACCGCCUUGCCCUAGAUGCGCUCGACAACUACAAGAGCUUGAAGAAGCAGCAGUAUCGCUUCAGCGUGAUCAUGAAUGAGCUUCACGCCACCGACAACAUCCCCUACAUGGUGACGCUGCUGAGUGUGGUCAACGUCCUCGUGCUGCAGGAGGAGGAGCUGAGGAGGAGGCACCGGGUGCGGCAGGAGUUCAUCGGUCUGCAGCUGCUGGACCUGCUCCCCAGGCUCAGGGAGACGCAGGACAAAGACCUGAACAUCCAGUGUGAUGUGUUCGAAGACUCUCUGUCGGAGGACAUGGAGGAGCUGGAGAGACUGUACGGAGGGAUUGAUAUGAGCAGCCACCAGCAAGUCUUCACGACGCUCUACACCACGGUGUCCAGCCAUCCGUCCUCCGUGCAGCUGCUGUCCAUUCUUCAGGCCUUGUUGCUGGUGGGUCCGGACAGAGCUGAGGUCUGGUGUGCUCUGGAGCUGCUGAUGGAUCGAGCCACCCUGCUGGCUCAGGACGCUGAGGUAGACUCUGCAGACCACCUGCUGGAGAAGCUCCUCCCCCGAAAGACUUACUCAGCCAAUCACAGGAGCCGUACCAUCGACAGGGUGGUCCAGACUAGACUACCAGACAGUCCUCCCAGCCAAUCAGAGGCACUCACCAAAGAUGCCCCAACAGCCCCCACCGCAGCAGCACUGCCUCCGGCUCCUCCCACUUCCUGUCCCCCCGCUCUACCUCCUCCCUUACCCGGUGCUAUGGCUCUUCCCCCUCCACCCCCACCCUUACCUGGUCCUAUGGCUCCUCCCCCUCCACCCCCACCCUUACCGGGUACUGGACCUCCACUCCCUCCUUCUCUUCCAGAUGACAUCAGAGCUGAGACAGUUCAAAGUCUGGGCAGGUCAUAUAGCAGCUCCGCCCCUAAUUCAAGCCACACCCCCUUCCCAACGCUGCGGAUGAAGAAGCUGAACUGGCAGAAACUUCCGUCCAGACUGGUGUCAGGCCACGAGUCUCUGUGGACGUCGACAUCUUUGGACUCCAUGGAGCCAGAUUACUGCAGCAUCGAGCAGCUCUUCAGUCUCCCUCCAACUGAGACAAAGACCAGAACCAAGUCAAAGACGGAGCCCAAAGAGGUGUCCUUCAUCGACGCCAAGAAGAGCCUUAACCUCAACAUCUUCCUCAAGCACUUCAAAUGUUCCCACGAGGACUUUGUGGAUCUGAUCCGAAGAGGAGACCGAUCGAAGUUUGAUGUGGAGGCCCUGAAACAGUUGAUCAAACUCCUCCCAGAGAAACAUGAGGUAGGGAACCUGAAGUCUCAUCAGGCAGAGCGGGACAAGUUGGCAUCAGCAGAUCAGUUUUACUUGCAGCUCAUUGAUCUGCCCAGUUACUCUCUGAGGAUUGAGUGUAUGUUGCUGUGUGAGGAGAGCAGCUGUGUGUUGGAAACUAUGAGGCCCAGAGCUGAGCUGCUGGACCGCGCCUGCCAGAGUGUGAAGGAGAGCGCUCGGCUGCCAGUCUUCUGUAAACUAAUCCUGAGUGUCGGAAACUUUCUCAACUAUGGAACUCACACGGGGAACGCUGAAGGCUUUAAGAUCAGCACUCUGCUCAAACUGACCGAAACCAAAGCCAACAAGUCAAGAGUCACGCUGCUGCACCACAUCCUGCAGGAGGCUGAAGAAAAUCACCCCGACCUGCUGAACCUUCCCGAUGACCUGGAGAUCUGUGCAACGGCUGCUGGGCUCAGCUUGGACUCUAUUCAGUCUGAAACAAACACUCUAAGCAAACGGCUGAAAAACUCAGAGAGGAGCAUUUCCUCCUCAUCUGACGACAUGAAGGAGCAGUACCUGUCCACCAUACAGGAGAGCCUGCAGGCUGUCGAGCAGCUGCAAGUGCUGCUGUCAUCUGUGGAGGAGCAGAGGAAGCGCCUGUCCGUCUACCUCUGUGAGGACACCAGCAGCUUUUCCCUCGAAGAGCUCUUCACCACCAUCAAGACCUUCAGAGACCUGUUCCUCCGAACCCUCAAGGAGAACGAAGGUUACAGGGAGCAGGAGAAGAGGAGGAAGAGGCUGGAGGAAGAGAGGAAACGGAGAGGAGAAGCUCCCACCGGAAAGAUCAUUAGGACGGACACGGCCAAUCAGGACGAAGGAUGCAUCGUCGACAACCUGCUGGCCGAGAUCAGGAAGGGCUGCAGGCUGAGGAAGACAAGGCCACGGGCAGAGCCGGGCUGUGGGGUUAAAGGUCAGCCCAGGGUCACGCAGAUGUCGCCGGCCCAAGAUGAGCCAGAUUUGCCCAAGAAGCCUCGGGAGGAGGUCCGGACUCCCACACAUCCACCUGCUGGAACCAGACCAGAACCGGAGCUGGCAGAGCCCGACAGAGCUGCCUCAGAGCUCCAGGCCCUCGGUGAACCCCCCACAGCUGAGGCCCAGGGUCUGGAGUCUGAAGUGGAAACUGGACCGGCGCAGCAGGAAGUCCAGCACGCAGCAGCUGGUCAGCAGGAUGUGACCCAGGCGAACAGGAGCAAAGAUCCUAACCCGGAAGAUUCUGCACUCCAGAACGCAUCGAACACCUUAGACACCAGCCCGGCAGGAGGCAGUGGUCACACAGGAAGGAAGCGUUCGAAGAAAAAGAAAAAAUGCAUCCUUCAGUGAGGUGAAUGGAUCAGGACUUGUUUCUGUGGCGACAGCACUGAACCUGCAGGAGAACAAAGUGUUUAAAAGGGAAACACAAUCACAAAGGAGGAGGAAGCAGCAAGGAUUCUGGGCGGAGCUUCCUGUGACUGACCGAUCUAACCCUCGCUCACCUCUCGGUGGCGACUGCGUCCGUUUGUGAUGUCAGCAAGGUUUCUGUGUACACUUCCUGUCAGGUGGAGGCGCUGCUGGUCUCUGAGCUCAGGUGGUCUGAUGUGGGUGGGGCUCAGAAAGCACAGCACAGCAAAGAAACUCUGGCCAGGUUAAUGCCACCUGCCUGCUCACCUGCUUUCCUGCAAAAGACCUUUCAGAUUAAAAGCCUCACAUUGUUCCCCUGCAGGUGUUCAGGUUUUAGACUUUUCGGUUCUUAUUGUUGAGGAAAUGUUCGCUGAAACUUUUACUGUGAGAAUAAAUGUUGUUCCAACCCUUU